GUUGAUUAGAGCAUGAUGAGGCAAAUGUUGCUGAUUGUUGUAGUGGGGGCACUGGUUAUCGCCGUCACUGGUGACCGCAGGCCAAGGUACUAUCCUCCAUGCUGCGAGGAAGUUUCCAAUGCUCCAAUCAAAAACAUUGAGUCCUUUACACGCCUGCAUGCACACCAGUCAUGCCUCGAUGCCAUUGUUUUUACCACAAAGGAUAAUAAGAAUUAUUGCACUGACCCAAAGGCACGAUGGGUGGCAAAAAAGCUGAAAGAUCUGAAACCACAAUGAAUACCAACAUCUUUGCUUAACAAAGAGCUACCCUGGAGUAGAACCUGCAGCGGGAUCAGGAAGUUGUCUUUCUCUAUAAUAUUCAAAUGCUAAUAUAUUUACUCUCUAAGCUUUACACUUCAAAAAUCCACUGAUAAAUAAUCUUGAUGGUGGAAAUCUGCACAGUUUGUACUACUGAAAGGUUUUAGGAUCACAUUUAUUGCAUUUAACAUGGGUGUGACUAUGGCAUUUUGGAAUAAAUACAGAACUGCAUUUUUUAAUUGUUUAAUUUUCUGUCUGUG